AUGAGUAUUUGGAGGAUUGCAGAGUGCUUACAAAAGAACUGGGGACACCUUCACAGAACUGGGUUGGAGGUCUGGACCUAUUCUCAGGAUAUUUUAUUCCCACUGAUAGAAGCUUUCACCCUGGAAGUCUGGCUGGCUUACUCAGCACCGUUACCAUCAAACCUCAACCAGCUGCUGUCCUUAUUUCUGAUGUGCUGUUGCAUUGCUGUGUCAACUGGAGGCCUCUUCUAUCAUUGGAUGUUCUCCUCACUGCAGUAUUCUUUCCAGUUCUCUGCCGCAACUGCUGCCGCGGUUAGUCUUCUGGCUUUAUUGACCCUUUUCUUGGUGCACCCUGUCCGUUGCAUGUUCACGAUGAUGGUGCCUACAUUAGGGACCAAGCAAGGGCAGAGACUUCUUCUCUCUGCAUGUUUCAUGAUCGUGGCAGCCAACAUCGUCCCCAACAUCAUGAGCAACAUCCAAGCCAUACUGCAAGUCAUUAAAUGCAUCUGCAAGAAUUCCUCCGAGAGCCUUCUUAUCUCAACGCACCUGUUGGGAAAUGCUUCUUGGGAUUUCAGCCACUAUCUCAAAGAGGUCAUCGACUAUAUGCCAAACCAAAUAGUGAAACCCAGAGACGGCCAUAUGCAGUUUGAAACACACAACAACAGCUUCCUGCUGACUCGGAAAAUGAUCUACGCUAGCCAAGGGAUCAAGGAAGAUUUCUCGCAUAUUGAAAUGCAGGCCCAGAAGGUCACACUGAUGGCCAACCGGGUCAUCGCUGGCUUCUUCCUCUUCUUCUUGAUUUUUGAAUCGGCUUGCUACCUGAAGAGCUAUCUCACUGACCUCCAAUUUGACAAUAUUUACAUCACCAAAAAGCUAGAAGAUUUGGCUCAGAAAAAUGAAGCCGCUCACCUACUGGUUUGCUCACCCAAAAAACUGAUCAAGUCCACUGGUUUCAAGCUGACCCGAGAGGAACUCAUGACAUGUUUAAGGCACAUGAUUCCCCUCACAUUAAUGCUGAUAUUGACACUAGUGAUUAUAGCAACAGAUUUUAUUGCCUUCCACUUAGCACAAGCAACUGUGACUGAAGUCUCCGGGCUCCCUGUCGUGCCAAUUAAAUUCCAGAUAAAAUAUGAUGUCAAACUUACUUGGUUGAAAUUCUGGGGAAAGAUUUUUAAUGGUGCUUUCCCGACAGGACAAUCCUUAUCUCCAUUUGAAAGCAGUUACCGCCAGAACUUGACCUUUGCCUCUGCCGACUGCUCCAUGAAAUGGCCAUGCCCUCCGAACGUAUCUGUGAUCUUUGCGGUUGGGCUCCUUUAUUGCAUCAUUUAUGCCAUGAUAUUUCUGGAAACAUACUCGCACCGGCUGUGCCGAAAAAUUUCAGCCUCCUUUUUUCAGAACCGGGAAGACCAGAGGGUCCAGUAUCUGUACAGGAAACUUGUUAAGAAACACAAGAGAAAGGAGCAAAAGCAACAGCAGCAGAAACCCACUGGAGUUUGUUAA